ACAGUUUCUUCCCCGCCCACUGGCAGGAGCUCCCAGGCCCGCUGCACGCGCGAGCAGGGGCCCAUAAAAGCUGCAGCGGCGCCGAGACGCGGAGCUCGCCCACCACCCGCAGAGCUGCGACCCGCCAUGCACGUGAACGGCAAAGUGGCCCUGGUGACCGGCGCGGCGCAGGGUAUAGGCAAAGCUAUCGUCGAGGCGCUGCUGCUCCGCGGCGCCAAGGUGGCGUUGGUGGAUUGGAACCUUGAGGCAAGUGUGAAGUGCAAAGCUGACCUGGAUGAACAGUUCGAACCUCAGAAGACUCUGUUCCUCCAGUGUGAUGUGGCCGACCAGGAACAACUGAGAGAUACUUUUAGAAAAGUCGUAGACCAUUUUGGAAGAUUGGAUAUUUUGGUCAAUAAUGCAGGAGUGAACAAUGAGAAAAACUGGGAACAGACUCUGCAAAUUAAUUUGGUUUCUGUUAUCAGUGGAACCUACCUUGGUUUGGAUUACAUGAGUAAGCAAAAUGGAGGUGAAGGUGGUGUCAUCAUCAACAUGUCUUCUUUAGCAGGGCUCAUACCUGUUGCACAGCAACCUGUUUACUGUGCUUCAAAGCAUGGCAUUGUUGGAUUCACACGCUCAGCGGCGAUGGCCGCUAACCUUAUGAAAAGUGGUGUAAGACUGAACGCCAUUUGUCCAGGCUUUGUCAACACACCCAUCCUUGAAUCCAUUGAAAAAGAAGAAAAUAUGGGCCAAUAUAUAAAAUAUAUGGAUCAAAUCAAGGCUAUGAUGAAAUUCUAUGGACUCUUGGAUCCAUCAACCAUUGCCAAUGGCUUAAUAACACUCAUUGAAGAUGAUGCUCUCAAUGGUGCCAUUAUGAAGAUCACAGUGUCUAAAGGAAUUCAAUUUCAUGACUACGACAUCUCUCCAUCUAUUGAAAACGCUCCAUGAACAUCUUAAGCAUCAGCUAUAACUGAAAAUAAGCACAUGUGACUCACUCAGACUGUAUCUUUAGUAAUAUAGCUUUUUCAAUGAAAUGCUGUAUUAUGAAACCUACCUUCAUGUAGCUGAUGUUAAUAUUUUUCCAAAUGAUUGGUUAAAUGUAUGGAUAAAGAUGUAUAAUAAGCUAGGAAAAAUACAGAGCAAACCAAAAACUGCGUUAUAACCUACAUAAUCUAUGGACAAAACAAAGGAUAUUCAAGAGGUAUUCUGCCUUUUAGAAAACAUGUUUAUAACUGUGGCUCAUAAAUAUUAAUGGUUUUCAGAAAGUCAUCUUAGAGGAGAUACUUGAAUUGUUAUUUAAAUCAAAGCAGAUUUUAAAUGAUUCACUUUGUAUGUUUGCACUUCAAAAGGGGAAAGCUCCUUUACAAUGGAAAUAUUUAGUAAUAACAGCUUGUACAUGAUCUGCAAGCUAAACAUUUCAACUCUUUGAAGAUGCGGUGUAUUUGGGGGUCAGUGUUAGGGAAUGAAUUCCAGUGUGACCAUGUCUCAGUGAAAAGUCUGAUGUGUAGAAAAAUGAUACUGUUACCAACACUGAGGAUUCACAGCUCAACCUCAAAGCAAGGAAGAUGAUUUCCUUUUCCUUCCUAAUUUAAAUUUUUAAUGGAUUCGAAAAACCUCAGGAAAGAAACUUUUGACAGUUAUAAAAAGGGAGUAGUAAAGUUUUAUAUGUACUGUAUAUGCUUAUUAAGAAUGACGCACAUGUAUUUUUCCAGAUUACUUCUUUGUUGCUUUGUACCGAUUUCAGAAGUGUCUGUCUUCCAAUAAAGCUAUUUUAUUCUAA